CACCGCAUCUAUCAAAUUCUACUUCGUGAAUCCACCCUUUAAAUCCUAGUUUUGUGUGAACGGAGGGUAACGCCGUUUAGCUAACGGCAGGUUUAGCUAACGUUAGCCAACAGGCGGCGGUGUCUCUUGUAUUUAAGAGCGUGGUGUGGAUCGACGAGGCCGCACAAAAUGCCGACAAUAUCAAUUUUGAAGGUUGAGAGCCCGUCUUGCCUCUGGGGUCGGGUUGUUCAGCUUACCGGCGGUGAUGCAGAGACCACAGACCAGUACGACAAUCUGCUGGCUCAAAUGAACCUCUUCUACCACGAUGUCACCCAGGACCUGCACAAGCUGAAGCCCACAUCGUUAGAGGAGGGACAGGUGUGUGUGGUGUACUGGUCAGUGAUAAAAUCAUGGUGUCGAGCUGUGGUGGAGUCGAUCAUUAUGGACUCGGUGUCCUGUCAGGCUCACUGCCUCCUGGUCGACCACGGAGAACGACUCAUUGUCCCCUCAGACCAGAUCCAAGUUGUUGCGCAAAGGUUCCUCCAGCUGCCUUACUGGGUGAGGAAGUUCCACCUGGCAAGAAUCAAACCAAAAACCCUGCGAGUGUCUGUCUUUGAGGAGAAGGCAAAACUCAUUCCGUCCACUCGGUGGGACAGCUCCGCUACACUCUACCUGCACAACCUGCUCCAAGCAUCGACUCUGUCAGAGGCCGUGUUGUUAGAGUCCGAGUCAGACUCCACCUCCAUUGAGCUCUACUUGACUGUACGAAACAUCAAGAUAUGUGUGAACGACGAUCUGGUGGCCAAGAAGUUUGCAUAUUACAGCAGAGAGUCAGCUGACAACUGCGGGCUGGAAGAGGUGGACCAAUAUCCCUACAUGCUGCCUUCCAGUAUCUUAACCCAGACUGACUCAAAAAAGUCAUCAGCACAAACCCAACAGCCUCACGUGAUGUCACAAAGUCUGGGUGCAGACAGAGCAGGUGAUUGGCUGGCAGCUCCCUCUUCACCUCAGAGCCCACAACAUGAGCUGAAGACCUGUGACGAAGGCAGCAGGUCAGAGGUCACAGAUGAACACCUGUCUCCGGGCCGUCAGUCAAAGAAUGGCUCAGACGCGGCUGCUGCUGCAGAGAGUGACUCGUCAGAGGAUACAGACUCGUCUCUGGCUGCAGCUCUCACCAAAAACCUAAAUCUGUUCAGGUUCCUGAAGUUUCUGAAUCCCGCCAGCAGCUACCAGCAGGCGGCUCCCAGUGAGAGUCAGCAUGAAGAGCUAAAAGACUGUCAACCUGAAGAGUCGACUGCAGCCUCCAGCAUCUAUACAGGACAGGAAGUCAGUUCGAGCAGUUCGAGCAGAUCAGUGGAGUCAGGACCAACAGAGAAGACGUGGAGGGUUGAAGAGGACUGGGCCUGUUCACGCCUUUUGGAGUGGUUGAACCCGGAGCCUCUGAACCCCGAUCCAGAUGCUGCAGAUGAUGCGGUUGUUCCCAGAGAUCCCAGAAAGAGUGGGAUUCUGGUGCACUCUGCCCUCCCAAUGGAGCCCUGCACUAGUUUGGACGAUGCCCCCGUCACGGAUACUCUCCGCAGGGUGUUGCGGAGGAAGCAGUACAGCUCUUUGUCUCCAGCUGACUGUUGCAGCUGGCCAGCUGUGGCUCAAGGGUUCAACACCGUCAUCGUCUCCCAUAAUGCUGACCAGCCACUCAGCUACCUCGGCCCGCUCCUCACCCACAUCCUACUCAACACCAUCUUCACCUCCCUCACCUCCAGCGCAGGGCCUGUGGUGGUGCUGCUGUGUCCAGGCUGGGAGAAGGUUCAGGUUGUGUAUGACCUGCUGGAGGAGAUGGAGAUCACCUCAGUCCUUCACCCUUUCAUCGUGCUGCUGGGCAUCGGCAAAAACGAAGCCAAGGAUGUCAGGAUCCCCAAAAACUGCCUGCUGUUAGUGACCACUCCCUUCAGUUUGGUCCGCCUGCUGUCCUGCCACUGCUUCCUGUUCCUGCGUCUCUACCACCUCGUGCUGGAUGAGGCUGACCAGCUUUUUACUCUGGCUCCAGAUCAGAUGGCGACCAUCCUGCAGCAUUUCCAGAAGGUGACGUCCAGCGAGGAGAAGGCAUCCUGUCCUCAGCAGCUUGUAGCCGUGGCAAAAAGAUGGACCAGUCACAUGGAGGGGUUAUUAGCCAAUCAUAUGCCAUACCCCUGCAUUUUCUUGACUGUCCCUAAGGAAGCUGCUCUCUAUGGUGACGUUCAGCAGAUCAUCCUCAUGACUCUGGAGAGCAGUAAGGCCUCAGUACUGUUGGGUGCGUUGGAUUUCAACCCUGAUGUCGGCCAGAAGACUCUGAUCGUAGCUAAUUCUGUUCAGGAAGCUGAAGAUGUGUUCAAGGCUGUGAGCAGCAAAUCAGCUUUCUGCCUCAAAACCCACGAACAGUCAACAUACCUGUUUGACUUCGUCAUCCAGCAGUGGAGAAAAGACAUCGGCCCCGGCACUCACGUUAUCCUGGUGACCACCAAUGAGUGUCUGAAGUGUCUGGGAAUCAGAGAUGCGACUUGCGUUGUCCACUAUGGCUUCCCCAUUUCCCCCAAAGUGUUCGGUAGCCGACUCCUCUGCAUGGCCGAGAACUUCAGAAACCUUUCUACACGAGUUUCCAUGGACCAGGAUCAGACAGGGAGUCGUCAUCUCACCAGGUCGGUGCUGCUGAUCUCUGAGAGGAACGCCUGUCAUGUAGUCGGGGUUCUGCGUUACCUGGAGCGAACAAACGCUCUGUUGCCUCCUGAGCUGCUGUCCUUCGCUCAAGGCAUCCGUGUGGCCCGGGAGGACCAGAAGACCAACAAGCCUCUCUGCAGCUACCUCAAGAGCUUUGGAGUCUGCAGAGACAGCAGUGUGUGUCCUGACCGUCACAGAUUCAUCUCCCAGCUGGAUAAAUCUGAGCUUCCUGCCUCGGGAGUCAUAGAAGUGGUGCCUCUCUAUAUUAAGACAGCAUCAGUGUUCUACGGUCGUAUCGUCAGGAAUGAGGAUGGAGGUUUCCAGAGCAUGGCGUCUGAGAUGACUUCUUACUAUGCUGACAAGAAACCUGGAGCCGAGGAGAUGCUGGAGGGAGGCUUGUACACUGUGCAGGAGGACGACGUCUUCCACAGGGUGAAGAUCCUAUCAGUCCCAGACCGUGGUGACCGGCUGUUUUUCAGCGUCUUGGUUCGGUUCAUUGAUGUGGGAAAGGAGGAGGAGGUCAAAUCCCAUCAGAUCCUGCAGCUCCCAGAGCAGUUUCACUCUCUGCCCGGCCAGGCCAUCGAGAUCAUCGUCUGCCGGGUCAAACCUGUCGACGCAGAGAUCGACUGGCACCCCAAGGUCACCAGAGCGAUCAGCCAGAAGAUCCGCGGUCUGCAGCAUCGAGCCAGAGCAGUUUUAAGUCUGGGAAACACUGUUUUUGUUGAUCCCAUGGUCCGUAUGACUCGGGUGCCAGGUACCAAAACUGUGAUCAAUGAAUACAGCGUGCAGUCAGAGAUCAUAACCUCUGGGAUGGGAGUCAGCAACCCGGAGCAUCUGGACCUGCUGAAUGCGCUCUGCCAGGAGAGCAGCAAGCAGACGAGUCACAGUUCUGGGUCAGAGGAUGGUCCGGUGUCUCUGGAGGUCAGGAUCAAAGCUGAGGAGGAAGUUCUGCCUAAAACCUUCAGAGCAGCCGAGGUAAGUCAGCUCGAUGACCUUCCUCACCUCGAGCCAUGUGAGCCACUUAGUCCAGUAUCUUCAGUGAUCCAGUCCCUGGUCCCAGCACCACCAACACCAGCAGCAGUUGAACUCCACCUGGUUCCUGUGUGUGAUCAGAACGGUCUGUUGGAUAGCCAGGCAGCUUUUGGACAGACAAACACCCACACUGAGCAGAUGAUGAGGAUCGUAGAUGGAGGAGAACUGUCCCCCAUGACCAGUCAGCCUGCUCCUCUGAACCCCUGUGAAAACGGUGACGAUCAAAGCAACAGCCUGGAGGUCAUCAGCACUAAUGAGACAGACUGUGAUGACUCCAUAAAAAGUUUCCACCCUCUGCUCCGUUGGUACCAGACGUCCGACUCUGUGACUGUAACGGUGAAGCUGAUGAACCCGGAGAGGCAGCGCUGUGACUUCUACCCUGACAGAGUCGUCUACAGUGGCAGAGCCAACGGUCGCACCUACAGAGCCGACCUGCAGCUUCACGCCCACAUCGCUGCUGACCGCUGCUGCUGGGAAAUGAAGUCCAACGAGCCAGUGCUCAAGCUGGUCAAACAACAGCAGGGCCACUGGGAAAGACUCCUGAGGAACAAGAAUAUUUUCGUGAGCUAUGACAUGGAGCACUUGGAGGAAGAUGAAGGCAGAACCCCAAAUGGUCUGUGUUUUGUGGAGAACACAGGGAAGGAUUACUGGUAUGUGAACUCAGAGAGCGGCAGUGAGAGCGACUGAGGAUUACAGACGAAUGCCAAGACACAAAAAUACACCUCAACCUUUCCUCAGGUCACUUAUUAUUAUCUGAGGGUCAUAACAACAAAAUGACCUUAUCUCCCUAACACCGAAGGGAUCUGGUAAUAGAAACUUCUGCAGUGAAUUUAGUUAACAAUUCAGGACCUUGGGAUUUAAACUUUUAGGUUGAAAGCAUCUGACUCCAAUGAGUUUCUUUUCCUCAAGCAUCAAGUAAGAUGCAACAUGACUAUCAAAGUUUCAUGUUACAGAAGAGUUCAGCCAAAAAUUUGUCUGGAAAAAAACCUUUAAGUGCACCUACAGCACAUUACCUUUGUAAAAGUGCUCUGUUAACAUUAGAUAGCCAAUUAGCUCCUCAGCUGUAGUACAUUAAACAGCAUGUAAAUGUA